CGUUGAUUCAACAUGGAAAAUAUAAAAAACUCAGUGAGGUAAACAUUGAGAGAUAAAAAGAGUCCAAUUAUAUUUAAAAUUUUAACUAUUUAAUUAAUUUUUAUGGUUUUAAUGGAAGCAUUAGUAGUCCAGAUUCUACUAAUGGACCGGAUGUCCAAGAGAUGAGUACUUUUGACUUUUCUAAUUAUUCUUUUGGAAAAGAAUUCAAGAAUCUCUUCGGUAUCACAGAGGGAAAUGCCGUUAAUAACCCUGAAAUAAUGAUGGAUCACUCUGUUCCACCAGAUUUUAAGGGAGAUAAUACGAAAUCUUCUUCUGGUGUGCAGAUUCCCCCUAUUUUGCGGCUGUAGGGAUCUCCUUGUCCCCUGUUAAAUCAAAAGCAUGAAAAUACUUUCCUGGAACGUCCGUGGAAUAAAUGGUUAUAAGAAGAGACUAAAAGUCAAGAAGACUAUUAUGAAAUCCAAUCCAGAUGUGGUAUUAUUGCAGGAAACCAAACUUCAACAAAUUGAUCGGAUAAUCAUCAAAUCACUUUGGAGCUCCAAGGAUGUAGGUUGGGCAUGUUUGAAUUCGAAAGAUUACAGAAAUAGGAAGCGAUUAUGGUCAGAACUCAGGGAUAUUUCAGGCUUUAGUGAAAAAUUCUGGUGCUUGGGUGGUGAUUUUAACGUAUCAAGAUGGCCUUCAGACAAAUCUUCCGGGGGACGUAUUACUAGGAGCAUGAGAAAAUUUAAUUGUAUCAUUGGAGAGCUUGACCUUACGGAGGUUCCCUUAUCUAAUGGCAAAUUCACAUGGUCAAGAAUGGGAAACGACUCUAUACAUUCACUUUUGGACAAAUUUUUGCUAUCCAAAGAAUGGGAUAACUUGUUUAACAACUCACGGGUAAGUAGAGUGGAAAGAAUAACAUCAGACCAUUUUCCUAUUGUCCUUGAUGUAGGGGACUGCACAUGGGGCCCUUCCCUGUUUCGCUUUUUCAACUCUUGGCUAAAGAAUAAAUAGUGCAUUCGCCUAAUUGGAUUCAAACUUUCGGAGGAUCGUUCUUAUGGAUGGGCCGGUUUUGUGAUAUCAACAAAGCUAAGGAAUCUGAAAGCUGUGCUUAAACAGUGGAAUACUCAAAAUGACAAGAUUCAUAAGGAAAAAGAAUAGAAGAUUGUGUCUGAGAUCAACGUCAUUGAUGCCAAAGAUGAGUUACUUGGACUCUCUCCAACAGAAGUUGACAAGAGGUGCUCAUUGAAGCAUGACUUGCUGAGCUUGUAUUUGUCGGAAGAACGAGUGUUGCUGCAAAAAUGUAAACUCCAUUGGCUUAAAGAAGGUGAUGAAAACAGUAAG